AUGCCACCCAAGCGCUCGAAAAAGUCGGCCAAGGCGGCUGCUGCGCCCCUCGACCAGCCAAUGGACAUCGACGAGCCAUCCACCUCCCAACAACCAAGCGGAAGCAUCACCAAGGACCCCAUCGCAUCCUCCAUCAUCUCCGACUCCAAAUCCUCCGCCUCUGUCGAUCAACGCCGUCUAGUCGAAAUCCUUCCCGAGCGAGUCGGAUCGAUCGCCAACACCGAUUUCCCUCUCCACCACCCUGGCGAAUCUCACUCGUUUUCCCUCUCCUCCGUUAACGAAAAACUCAAUGUCAUUGUCACGCGUCUUUCGGACGUCUCGUGCGAAUUCGAUCUGAUCGGAGUCGAUGCUUCUAUCGCAAACGCCGUUCGUCGAGUUUUAAUGGCAGAGGUACCAACAGUAGCGAUUGAACACGUGUACAUCUGGAACAACACCUCUAUCAUCCAAGAUGAAGUUCUGUCUCAUCGGUUAGGACUGGUUCCACUUGCGAUUAACCCCGAUAAAGUGCUGAUUAGGAUGCCGGGGGACAAUGCGGAUGAUUCAAAUACGGUUGUUUUCAGUCUAAAGGCUAAAUGCGAACGCAACCCUAACGCGGCGAGGGGUGAGAGCGAUCCGGACAAGUUGUAUAUCGGACACAAUGUGUAUUCUGAACAGCUCGUCUGGGAUCCCAAAGGUGACCAAGACGAAGACUUCGCAGAUGCACCUCCAAAGCCCGUUCAUGCUAAGAUUCUGAUCGCCAAGCUCAGACCAGGGCAAGAGUUGGAUUUGGAACUGCACUGCGAGAAAGGGAUCGGGAGAGACCAUGCCAAGUUUUCUCCGGUUGCUACUGCUACUUACCGUCUUCUGCCACAUAUUCAGCUGUUGAAGCCGGUUGAGGGUGAGCAAGUGGAUAAGUUGCUCAAGUGUUUUCCUCCCGGUGUAAUUGGAGCAGAGGGGGAGGGGAAGAACAGGAAGGCUUACGUCAAAGACGCGAGAAAAGAUACGAUCUCGAGAGAAGUGCUUAGACAUGCAGAGUUCGAAGACAAGGUCAAAUUGGGCAGGGUUAGGGAUCAUUUCUUGUUCGAAUUGGAAAGUACAGGGAUCAUCCCUCCGGAGAAAUUGCUGCCAGAAGCGAUCAAGACACUGAGAGGCAAGAUUGCGACUUUGAGGAAGAGUUUGGAUCAUUUAGAGACGACGGGGUUGGAGACUGCUAGUAUGGCUGUCUAG